CUUUUUUUAUAAUUAUUUUGAGCUUUUGGCGAAUGAUUCUCUACAUUAAUGAAAAUAUUUUUACAGUAAAAAUAUAAGAUAAAUCGUAAAUUGUAAAAUAAAUAAGGAAUUGGUCUCUACGUACGUAAUUCUAAGAUGUAACUUACCUUCGUUUUCUCCUACUACGUACCCUUCUUCUUCAAUUCUUCAUUCUCUCUUCUGCAAGAAGCAAGGCACAGUCAAAUAUAAGGUACUCCAAACCCAAAAGGACUCUAUAUUCUUUAAAAUAGCAAAGCAAUUAUUGUAAUUGUAAUUCUAUACAAUAUUUGAUAUAUGAUACUCCGUACUAUAUAUAGCAAGGUAAUUACUAUAUUCGUAAACUUGAUUAGGCCUGCAUAUCGGAUUGCUAAUAAUUCCUUGAUUCAAUUAUGCACCUCGAUUGACGUACGGCGAGGCCGUGGUGAUCGCACGUCCGUUUUCAAGGACAAUUAAUUAACGUUCAGGUUAAUAAAAUAUGGAGGAGGUUCAUCGUUCCGCCGCCGCCGCCGCCGAAGUCCGGAAACUUCACAUAAUCUAUUUUAUUAGCCGGAAGGGCCGCACCGAACACCCACAUCUCUUCCGAGUCCACCAUCUCUCCCGCCACGGUGUCCACCUCCGAGACGUGAAGAGAUGGUUAGGGGAAUUGAGAGGAAAAGAAUUGCCCUCGUCAUUUGCCUGGUCAUAUAAGAGGAAAUACAAGACAGGAUAUGUAUGGCAAGACGUUGUGGACGAUGAUCUCCUCACACCAAUUUCGGACAAUGAAUACGUCCUCAAAGGAUCCGAAAUUACCUCAUCCACACCUACCAAAGAAAAAGGUGCGCCCAUGCAAAAGGAAUUAGAGUUCGAAGGCCAUAAUAGAGACGACUCGAAACUGCAACUGACAAAAGAAGAAAUAAAUCAAUGGCGGUGUCAUUGCCAUUGCUAUCACCAUCAAGCUCCCAUAGAUAAGACCACAUCAGGAAAGAAAACGGCCUCAGAAGAGAUCAUCAAUACCGAGGAGGAAGAAGACGACGACGAAUCAUCUCCCAUUCUCCUACGCCGGGAAGCCUCAACUAUGACCAGCGAAGAAUCCGAUGACGCAAGGCCGCCGUCCACUCCUCUCCGUUCUCAGUUCUCCAAAAAUAAGAUCAGCGAAGACCGGAAGAAAAGGGCAGUCCCGCAACAAUCGGGCAUUUUCCGGAGUAUCAUCACCUGCGGCAACGUGGACACCAAGGACUCGGCCGUCGUGCGCCGUCAGCCGUACUUUGGGGCUCCACCGUCGUCUGAUCUUAAGGGAAAAACCACCAUCUCCACGGAGAUUUGUUAUAAACCGGCGAAGCUCGACGGUGGGUCUCAGAGGACUUGCACAGCGCGCCAUAGUCAACCCAGGAAAACCAUCGAGGGAUUGCAUAGCAAUGGCCGGAGGCCGUUUUCCGGCGCUUACAGAGCUCCUAAAUGCUCGUGCAUUCCAAGUCUGUUUGGUAGAAAAAUGGAAGUUGUUUCAUGGUUCUAAAUCUUGAUUGUGGGUCAUCCUCCAUUAAUGGAGGCUUGGAAGUACAGGACGGAUGAAGAGCUGUAGUGGCGCAAGACGGGAAAUACAUGAGCAGUAUGUAGCAGCUAACUGGGAAAGAAGGAGAGUGAGAAAAGAAAAAGAUUUUUUUUAUUUGCCACGUAUACCGUCACGUGGACCGCCACACAUGCAAGUAACCGGGAAACCUGUUGGUAACCUGCUAAUCAGCCUAAUUGAGCGUUUUUUAACAGUUGAAGGGUUUAAUUGGGUGUUUUCUAAGUACGAGAGCUUAAUUGACUUUUUCGAUAUAGUAUGGGGACCUAUUUGACAGUUUUCUCUUAUCAAUUUGUCUAUUACCCUUUAUUCACUUUUUAUAGACUCCUCAAACUUUUUCUUUGUGUUUUCAUUUACCGUUAUAAAAUACUCCUAAACACUUAGUAUUUCAUAAUUAUGUUAAGAAUUGGGGUUCUAUCCUAAAAGGUCAACCUGAUAGGAGGAGUAGCUCAUGUCUUAUAUAGCACUUUUUUUAUUCAAACUUUUCCAGUGUGGGAUUCUAAUACCCCUCCUCACGACGAGACACUUCGUCUGGAUCGUCCCGUCAUUCAUUUUUUUCGUCGGUUCGUCGUUAUCAUUUUUUAUAAUCGUGUCGUCAUUUUUCAUAAAGGGGCCCACACCAUGGAUUAAUUGUGGCUCUGAUAUCAUGUUAAGACCCGAGGUUCCAUCCUAAAAGGUCAACCUGAUAGGAGGAGUAGCUCAUGUCUUAAUAUAGCACUUUGUUGAUUCAAACUUUUCCGGUGUGGAAUUCUAAUAUUAUCUUCUUUAUUUCACUACUAAAAAUAUACUAUCGGAGUUUUGGCAUGUAUAUGCCCUGAAAUAAUGACAAAUGUAUAUUGAACUUCACUUUAGUGUUAGUUUGAGGAAAACCCAUUUUGAGACACUAAACAGUGAUAUUUGAAUUUGUUCAAAUUUCAUGAUCAAAUUUGUUCCAAAGCCUUUUGUCAAAAUCAUAUAACACGGAGCCGUGCAAAAGUCAGUACCAAACAUGAACAUGCCUCACAUUUUAGGAUAGAAGUAGUUUUUAUAAUACAGCAUCCAAACCUUAUUCUCAAAAUAUUUUGGGAUUGGCUGGGUACGUAGUGAAUAUGAUAUAACACAGAAAUUAGAAAAUGUGCUAACGGAUUGAUAGAAGAUAGGUGUUAACUAAGGACUAGAGAGUUGAGACUACUACUCAAUGCGUAGUAUAAUAAAAACAUUUAUUUCAGAUCAAGCAACUUGCAAAUAUCAACUAAAAAAAUGGAUGUAUUUGAUACUAGUUUUAUUGACUAUAUACUAGCUUUGAGUUUCAAAGUCCUAUUUUAACCUCUAGCUUAUGGGACACUUUGGACAUGCAUAUUCUGAAAUGAAACCUGAUUAUUAUAGAACACAGAAUCUGAGUAGUCAGUAGCACAACUCAUCAUAACCUGCCCGAUAUGGGGAUUUGUUUCUUGGAGGGCAGGCAAUGUGGGAAGCCAUUCAACCCGGAGAAACUAUACUCACACAUGAAAUCCUGCAAAAGAAUGAAGAAUUGUGGAAAGAGUGCACAUCAGGACUCCUCUGCAGCUGAAAACAGUUCAAAGAGAUCAUCAACCCAACAAUCAAUGAAUAACAAAUCAGUUUCUUCUUACUGCUCAACGUUUUGAACACCAACGAAUUGGGCUGGCAAAGAGUACCCGCCCAUGCUAUUUCUUCUUCCAUGAUUCUUAUGGUCUUUUACAGCAAUUCUGUACAAAUGAAAUGCACACAUACAUACUACACCUCCAUUGUACUUAUCUAGGUGUUUGUUUGAAUGUCCACUUUUAAAGAGAUUAAAUGAUUUUCCAAAAGCAUAAA